UAGUUGGCUCCUGUGUCCUAGCUCCCUGAAGCCUCCUGCACAGUGGCUAAGAUGGGUAUGGGGACAGGGCACACUGCCCGCCGCUAGCUGGCAGCUCUCCCAGCAGCUGCGGAACGGUUUCACAGAGGAAUGAGCCCCCUGUCAGCACCUCGUCCAGCUGUCCCCAGGCACCCCAGCCCAGCAGUCCCCACUGUCUCGGGGCUAUUGUCCCUGACAUGCAGGCGCAGCUGUCUCUGGCUCCCCAAGAACCCAGCUUGGGCUGAAUAUAAUUGUGCACCCUUCAUUUACCCCAAUUUUUCAUGUCUUGAAGUCUGCUUGUGGAAGCGGUGCAGGUUCCACAUCUGUUGCCUUCUCCUAGAAGAGUGGUCACUUGGGCUGGUCCCCCCCCCCCCCCCCCCGACACACACACCCGUGACUGUCCACUGGCCAAAACCCGUCAGAGACCAGCAGGUGCGGCAGGGAGCAGGUGCCAUGCCAUUUGCUGGCUGGACUGAGGCUGUGACUCACAAGUGGCUGUUCUCUUGGCUGCUGUACCUCUUCUACUGCACCCUCAGAUCCCCUGAACCCCCGGGAGAUGAGGCCUUGAGUGCCAGCAGCAGCUGUGAUUUCAAGGGUUUUGCUUAGUAAAAUUGCAACAGUGGACACCAUGGGCAGGAAGCUUUGCUGGAUCCAAGAAGUGGAGCUUGGGAGGAUGAACACGGGAACCAAGCGCCGAGGCGAAGUAGCCCGGCGUGGCCUCCGCCUCCGCCAGACCACCCAGGCCCGCCCGCCAGGGCCUCCGCGCCCCCGCCGCAGGUCAUACCCGGAAGGACCUGGGCCCCCGCGUCCGGCCGGGCCAUCCGCAGACCGCCCUAGGGACUCAGCAGCCGCGGCCUGCGCAGCCCCGCCCAGCGCCUCCGUCCUCCCACCUUUGUCCGGCCCCGGGGUCCUCCAGCUCACCUAGGUGCAUGAGUUACCAGGGUCACCUGGUGGCUCCUGUCAUUGCGCCACCCUCAGGGCAGAACCCAGAUUUGUUUGAAAUAGCGGAUUCGAGCCUCACAGUGGAGGGAGGGAUGUUGGACUCAGGAACCCUGUGGAUUAGCAUCCUCGCCAGCCGCCCGAAAGUCGAGCCACGCUGCAGAGAACCCGGCGCUGGGUAGUCGGUCACCCUUAGCCUCUGACCCUGCCUCAAUCGAGGGAUCAGGCUGCGGGGCGCCUGGCCCACGUGGUGCGGAGGGCGGGGCGGGGUCCACUUCCUAAGAUUAGGGGCGGGGUACCCAAGCUCCGCCUCGAAGAGGGCGCGCCUGCCAACCCGGGCCGGGAGGGGCGGGGCUUCGGUCAAGGUUUAAAGAAACUUGUUGCGGGUCCCAGAACUGAGACUGAGCUGCAGCGGCGGAUGAGUGGCAGCUGGGCGCCUGCGGCGGGGACAAAGAUUGGGUCCUGCGUGGCAGCCUUGGAUUCCAGAGUGUCGGUCCACAGCGUGACCUGGCGCGACCACUGCGUCCAUCCCCACUGAGCACCCCUCCGCGAGUGGCCCCGAUGCUGGACAUGAGUGAGGCCCGCGCCCAGCCGCCCUGCAGCCCGUCCGGCACCGCUAGCUCCAUGUCACACGUGGAGGAUUCAGAUUCCGACGCGCCGCCGUCGCCCGCGGGAUCGGAGGGCCUGGGCCGCGCGGGGGGCGGCGGCCGAGGGGACUCUGCUGAGACAGCAGACGAACGCUUUCCAGCCUGCAUCCGUGAUGCCGUGUCACAGGUGCUUAAGGGCUAUGACUGGAGUCUGGUGCCUAUGCCCGUGCGCGGCGGCGGUGGCGGCACGCUCAAGGCCAAGCCACACGUGAAGCGGCCCAUGAACGCCUUCAUGGUGUGGGCGCAGGCGGCGCGCCGCAAGCUGGCCGACCAGUACCCGCAUCUCCAUAACGCAGAGCUCAGCAAGACCCUGGGCAAGCUGUGGCGCUUGCUGAGUGAAAGUGAGAAGCGUCCUUUCGUGGAGGAGGCUGAGAGGCUCCGCGUCCAACACAAGAAAGACCACCCAGAUUACAAAUACCAGCCACGACGAAGAAAGAGUGUGAAGGCUGGCCGGAGUGACUCGGACUCUGGCACGGAACUGGGCCACCACCCUGGUGGUCCCAUGUACAAAACUGACGUAGUCCUCAGCGACGCACACCACCACAGUGACCACACAGGCCAGACCCAUGGGCCGCCCACCCCACCCACUACCCCCAAGACAGACCUGCAUCAGGCCAGCAGUGGAGGCAAGCAAGAGCUAAGGCUGGAGGGGCGCCGCCUGGUGGACAGCGGGCGCCAGAACAUCGACUUCAGCAAUGUGGACAUCUCCGAGCUCAGCAGCGAGGUUAUCAGUAACAUGGAUACCUUUGAUGUCCACGAGUUUGACCAGUACUUGCCCCUCAAUGGCCACUCAGCCCUGCCCACAGAGCCCAGCCAGGCCACUGCCUCUGGGUCCUAUGGGGGCACCUCCUACUCCCACUCUGGGGCAACUGGCAUAGGAGCAUCCCCUGUGUGGGCCCACAAGGGAGCUCCCUCGGCCUCAGCCUCGCCCACAGAGGCAGGACCCCUUCGGCCACAUAUCAAGACAGAGCAGCUGAGCCCCACCCACUACAACGACCAGUCACACGGCUCACCUGGCCGCGCUGACUAUGGCUCCUACAGUGCCCAGGCCAGCGUCACCACAGCUGCCUCUGCCACGGCUGCCAGCUCCUUCGCCAGUGCGCAGUGUGACUACACUGACCUCCAGGCUUCCAACUACUACAGCCCCUACCCUGGCUACCCACCCAGCCUCUACCAGUACCCUUACUUUCACUCCUCCCGACGACCCUAUGCCUCACCACUGCUCAAUGGGCUCUCCAUGCCACCUGCACACAGCCCCAGCAGCAACUGGGACCAGCCUGUGUACACCACCCUGACCCGGCCCUGAGGCUGCUGCAUCCCGGGGGGACUCAGUGCUCACAAAGUAUAGCCAGGUCUUUGAGGUCUUCUGGAAGUGGACUUGGUAGAGGGUGAAAGCAGCCAGCACCGCCUCGCUCCGUCAAGUGCCUGCUGAACCUGCAGGAAGCCAGGCUUUGUCUCCCUGUGUCCCUUUGCCUCUGGAUAUCCAAACUUCUGCCAGGGGACAGAGCUCUCUUUUCCUCCACUUCUCUCUCUCUGAGGUAACUGGUGAUUUCCAAAACAGCCAUUCUGUCAUUCUCCGGUUGGAUGAGUGGGUACCAGCUCCUGGAUCUUCCAUCUCAGUAGAAGAGAAGAUGGCCACAGCUAAGGACAAAGGAGAGAAGGGGCCUCGGGUCCUUACCAGCCCAGCCAAGAACUCCCUGGGUUCGAGGGAUGUUGUUCCCAUGGUGAAAGCACAUCUGUGAACGCUCGGGAUACAUCCACUCGGGGCAUCUCUUGGGACCGAUGUGAGAUCAAGGGUUUCUCAUUACCACAGUUCUGCCCAGCAAGGUUUGGCUGAGACAAACACUUCUCGUGUUUAUUUUUAUUUUUUUGUAAUUUUUAUUUUUAAGGCUUAAACAUGUCUGUUUUGAAAGCUGUUGAAGAUGUAUUUAUGUUCUGUGUUAUUUUAUCUUUAAUUAAGUAAUUUGUGCAGAGAGUAGAAUUUAAGACAGAAUGAAAACGGGAAAGCUUGUUUUGUAAAGGGCAGGAGGGAAGUGGUCCAGCACUCCAUGGCAUCUCUUUACUUGGCCUUCAGAUGGCCCGGGAGGCCUCCACCAGGCACAGGAGGAAAUGAUUUACCUCUUGGGGUCAGGUUGGAAUGAAACGCCCAGCACCAGCAUCAGGUCGGGCAUUGGAAGACAGGAAUGUCAUCUCUGCCCUCAGUGGUGCCAAGCGGUAGAAGACAGAAUUUCCUUCAAGUUGGCAGCUGCAGAACCACGAUAAUCUUGGCUCUUUGGCACCAGGCGCUAGUUACCAAGCUGUGAAAAGAGAACCUCCUCCACUAACCUGCCUAGGUUCCUAGUUAGAAAAUAACACCUGCUUCUCUGCCUCGCUUUGCUGUGUGCUAAGUGUAUAACUGGUUACUUUACAGAAACUUGUGCCUUUGAGACUUUGUACAUUUAAUCACAAAUGAGAAGUUUGCUUCUUUUUAAUUUUUCUACUUUUCCUACCUUUUUUUUAGAGGAAAAAAACCUGUCUUUUUUUUUUUUUCUUUUAGUGUAUCUCCUGGGAGUGGGAGUGGGAACCACAGCAAACUCAUUUUUUAUGCAAUCUAUUUUUUUUUUUUUUUUGGCAUUGAAUUCAGAAAGACAUUUGCUGUCCUUCGCCUGCUCUGUUUCGCUACUUUCUGACCAAGCAAUGCUAACUUUUGUACAGAUCAAUUUGAUAAAAUUUAAAAAAAAAUGCUUUUUAUCUA